CAAACGGUCGCGCCCGUUCCUGACAAGUUACGGCAGCUGCCCGGGGAGAUUUCGAUUUCCUCUUCGCAAACUCGCUAUGCCGUUCUUCAAAGAGCUACGGCGCCGAUCGAAGGCCAGUUUCCAGAAAACUCCAGCUCAUAGCGUGGAGGAGGUCUCCGGAAAAUCAUCCUCCACGAUCGACACGUCCUCCCACAGCUCCAUCACUCCACCGUCCUCAAUUCGCCCGACUCUCUCCUCCCCCAGCUUGCCAGCGCUCAGUGAAUCUAAUGGCAGCACUGCGAGUACACCUGUUGCUCCACCUCAGCGACCGGGGCCCUCUGUGAUCAACUCCCAGCGGAACAGCGUCAUCGGUAGCAGCGCCUCGUCUAUCAAUGGCAUAUACCGAACACAAGUCCCCUCAUCGCCCUAUGCCCCGCGCAUCGUGUCCGUGUCGGAUAAUUCAUGGGUCAAUCAGAAGGUGCUCCUCGUAUAUGGCCAGAUCGGUGACCCAAGACAACAUCCGCUGGACGGAACUGUCACAGUCUAUCACCACCAAGACAACUUUCCGUCGGUCGGCUGGCCCGUCACAGCGUCGCAUUUUAAAGUCCUCGUUCAUCUAGUACCCGGUCCCAAUCGUUUGCGCUUCGAUUUCGUCUCACCCAAAUUGUCGACGGGCAGCACCCACCCCGCCAUCCACUCAGCUUGGAUUUGCAUCAACUACCUUCCUCUAGUCAACACCCCGCCGUUGCAGCUGGUCGUAUUGCUUGGGAAAGAUUCAGAGGGCACAUACGAUGCCGUGCCAGAAAGAGUGGAACGCGAGGGCAAUGGAUUGGACAUGGCCAUUCGAAAGUAUCGCAUGGCGGCCUAUCUUUGGCAGGCUUUCACCGGCGAACAGAUGUUCCGCAACAACUUUGGGCGUCGUUGUUUCCGGUUUGAAGAAGAAUGGCAAUCCGGCACUCUGAGCCGUCGCGAUUUGACACAGGCUCAAAUGCGCAACGAGGCCAAAAUCCACGUGGUUCGCACUGAUAAGACGGUGGCCGAACUUCGGGAUCUCAACAUUGCUCAACAGAAUGACAAAGCGGAAAAGAAGGACGAGUUGUUCGCGAUUGCCAAGGAAGCGGUGCGCAAGCAUUUCCAGCCUCAGCCUGGUCAGAAACAAUACGUCUCUGUUCUCCUGCUCGAUUCUCACUGGGACACUACAUCACAGGUUAUCACUGGCCAUGCAGCUCUAGGGUCGGGUGACGAUGAUAUCAAGAUGGCCAUAUUUGGCUCACAUUGUCUUCAAAGCUAUCCAUCGUGUCUUGAAGACGUAGUGGAUGCAUUCUCCGACUGCACUCGAACAGAUACAGCCCACGUUGCCAAUGACUGCGGUGAAGCUGGCUCCAACUGGGAAUCCGCAAACUUGGGUAUUGGUGCUCAUCUUCACGAAGUUGGUCAUUUGUUCGGGUGUCCUCACCAAGAGUCGGGCGUCAUGCUCCGUGACUAUGUCACUCUGAACCGAACCUUUUAA